CGGCUCCGACUCAAUUCCCCGGCCGGAGUACGCGUGCGCUUGCUCAGCUCUCGGGCGAGCGCGAGCUCGGGCUCGCUCCCCGCGCUCCGAACCCCGCCCGCCCCACACCUACCGGCGGCGGCCGGCCCGGUGGGCUCGCGGGGAGACGCUCGCGCGCGCGCACGCGCACACGCCGCCGAGCGGAGCGCGAGCCGCCGCGGAGGGGAGUAAGUAGCAUCGGAGGAGGCGUUAGCAGAGGAGGCGGCGUGUGCGUAUGUGUAUGCUCUAUGGUGCGGCUCGUCGAGGGGCGAGCGGAGGCUUGGAAGGGGACGGAGGAGAAGCGAAAAAAGAGUCCGAGGCUCCAUCUCCUAGAAGCUCUGGUCCGGUUACUAUGGAAACGUGACCACAUAAAAAGGAAGUCCAUUCUGAUCAUUCUGAUACCUGAGAUGUAACUGGACUGAAGGACAGCGCAGGGAAAUUUGCAGUGCCAACCUUAAUUACCAUGGCUACUGAUUCAGGGGAGCCAGCCAGCACGGAGGAUUCUGAGAAACCUGAUGGGGUUUCGCUGGAAAACAGAGUCCAUCAGAUGGCAGCCACGCUGACCGUGGAGAGCAGACUGAAGGAGAAAGGCAGUGCCAUCUCCGCCGGGGGCGAAACCGUCGAAAGGAAGAGAUUCUUCCGAAAGAGCGUGGAUGACAAAGUUGUGGAUUCUCCCUCCAAGGAUGCCGAGAAGGCGAAGACAGCAGCAGCUACUCCAGGAGGAGAGAUGCUCCCCGCAAACGUGCUAAGAAGCGAAAAAGAAGCCAAAUUCUCGCAAGGGUCAAAAGCAACCUCAGAAGCCUCCAAAGAUUGUCCCAAGGAGAAAAAUGAAAAGGAGAUGGAAGAAGAGGCGGAGAUGAAGGCCGUGGCUACUUCUCCUAGCGGCCGCUUCCUGAAAUUCGACAUCGAGCUGGGCAGAGGAGCAUUUAAAACCGUGUACAAAGGCCUGGACACGGAGACCUGGGUUGAGGUCGCCUGGUGUGAGCUGCAGGAUCGGAAAUUAACCAAAGCUGAGCAGCAGAGAUUUAAGGAAGAAGCAGAGAUGUUAAAGGGUCUCCAGCACCCCAAUAUAGUUCGAUUUUAUGAUUCGUGGGAGUCUACGUUGAAAGGAAAGAAAUGCAUUGUAUUGGUGACUGAACUUAUGACAUCAGGGACAUUAAAGACGUACUUAAAGCGAUUUAAAGUCAUGAAACCAAAGGUCCUAAGGAGCUGGUGCAGGCAAAUCUUAAAGGGGUUGCAGUUCUUGCACACUAGGACUCCUCCUAUUAUCCACCGGGAUCUCAAGUGUGACAAUAUUUUCAUCACGGGACCUACUGGAUCGGUGAAGAUUGGUGAUCUAGGCCUGGCUACCUUAAUGCGCACAUCAUUUGCUAAAAGUGUCAUUGGGACUCCUGAGUUUAUGGCCCCAGAGAUGUAUGAAGAGCACUAUGAUGAAUCUGUAGAUGUCUAUGCUUUUGGAAUGUGUAUGCUGGAAAUGGCUACUUCGGAGUACCCUUAUUCUGAGUGCCAAAAUGCAGCUCAAAUAUACCGUAAAGUAACUAGUGGCAUAAAACCAGCCAGUUUCAAUAAAGUCACUGAUCCUGAAGUGAAAGAAAUCAUCGAAGGUUGUAUUCGUCAAAACAAAUCUGAAAGGUUGUCCAUCAAGAACCUACUAAACCACGCAUUUUUUGCUGAGGAUACAGGACUGAGGGUGGAGUUAGCAGAGGAGGAUGAUUCCUCAAAUUCCUCUCUGGCUUUGCGGCUCUGGGUUGAAGAUCCUAAAAAAUUGAAAGGCAAGCACAAAGACAAUGAAGCUAUUGAAUUCACUUUCAAUUUAGAAAAAGAUACCCCUGAGGAAGUAGCCUAUGAAAUGGUCAAGUCCGGAUUCUUCCAUGAAAGUGAUUCCAAGGCUGUCGCUAAGUCCAUCAGAGACCGGGUGACCCUGAUAAAGAAGACGAGAGAGAAGAAGCCAGCCAGCUCUUCAGAAGAACGCAGGGAUUCGCAGUGCAAGUCCGUGGGGAGCGCUCUCCCUCCACCCCUGAAUCCAACUUUGCCCCCUGCUCCUGCUCCGCCCGCUGCGGCCGAAUGUGAAGACACUGAAGCCGAUCAACAAGUUCGGCAGCAGCUUCUGCAAAGACAACCACAGCAGCAAUGCUCCUCUGUUACAGGUGACAGUUUAUCCGAGGCUGGAGCUGGAUCAGUUCCACACUCAGAUGCAAGUCAGCCCAGCAAAGGCUAUUCCUCCGACCAGAUGAUGAGCUCUCAAAUGAUUUCUAACAUCUCACAGGCUGAAAUGAAUGUUCCAGGGACGAUUUACCCACCCCAGCAGCUAGUAGGACAUUACCAGCAGAUUUCAGGGACGCAGCCACAGCUGACUCAGCCCCAAAUUUUGCCCUUGGCUCAAGGUCAGUCCACUGUUUUGCCUGUACAUGUCCUUGGACCACCAGUCUCACAACCCCUGGUGUCCCCAUUAACUGUCCAGAAGGUCUCCCAGACAAAGCCUGUAUCCCAACCAGUUGCAGCUGAACAACAAGCAGCAAUUCUACAAUCGGAUUUACUACGAAGUUCGCAGCAAGACAUGGCAGCUGUGAAGGAUAACAACACCGCCGAUAACCCAAGUGGAAAUGGCAAACAGGAUCGGACCAAACAGAGAAGAGUGUCCUGUCCUCGCCCAGAGAAGGGGACCAAGUUCCAGCUUACUGUCCUGCAGGUGUCAACCUCUGGAGACAACAUGGUAGAGUGUCAGCUGGAGACACACAAUAACAAGAUGGUCACCUUCAAGUUUGAUGUUGAUGGCGAUGCACCUGAGGAUAUUGCAGACUAUAUGGUCGAAGAUAACUUUGUGCUGGAUAGUGAGAAAGAAAAAUUUGUCGAGGAAUUGAGGGCUAUUGUCGGCCAAGCCCAGGAGAUCCUUCACGUGCACUCUGCUGCAGACAGAGCCAGUGGAGUUGACGCUGUCGCCGUAGAACCCAACAGUGGCCAAACAGGGUCAUCUGAACCAGCACAGAUAAAUUCUGCAUCCACUCAAACCAGCAAUGAAUCCGCUCCUCAGUCAUCCCCAGUUGGUCGGUGGCGAUUCUGUAUCAAUCAAACGAUAAGAAACCGUGAGGCUCAAUCUCCUCCUUCUCUUCAGCAAUCCAUAUCUACAGUGCCUGGGCUAUAUCCACUUUCUAGUCCAAGGAAAACAAAUAAUAAGGAAAUGUCACAGGACACACUGCUCACUCCAGAAAAUGAUCCAUGCCAGCCUGCACUUUUAACCUCAGAACUCAAGGAUGUGGUCGACGGUAAGAGCUCUGAAUGUGCCAGUGUAGAAACGAAGCAGCCAGCUGUAGUCCAUCAAGCGGAAGAGGACAGCCAUAGAAUGGCACCAGUUGUAAGUAGUUCUACUUACACUGCUUCUUCAGUUCCUGCAGUCCCCAUGAAAUGUGAGGGACCCACCAACGAAGCAGGAAAAUUCCUACCUGUGCUUCCCUGUCACCAAGCUGCCAGUCAGGCUAAUGUCCUCACGGCACCUCCUGGCGAGUCAACUCCAGUUGCUGGUAACUCUCUUGAAGCGUCAGCAUUGCUGUCCGAUCAAAGGCCUCAGUCCUUAGCAGUGCAGCAGGCAACUACGGACGCAGAGUUGAUUUCCCAAGAAGGAGAGAAAACCGCAGCGAACACUGAAGCAAGUUCUCCUAAGAAGGUCAUCCCCACUCAGACCCCCGGCCACGAACCGUCUCCCCUUCUACCCGCUACUAUCCUGGAAUCAGAUGGGGAGAGACCUCCCAAAAUGGAGUUUGCAGAUAACCGAAUUAAAACUCUGGAUGAAAAACUAAGAAACUUGCUCUAUCAGGAGCACAGCCUGACUAGCGUCUACCCUGACAGCCAGAAGGACACGCAGAGCAUCGACUCUCCAUUUUCUUCCUGUGCUGAAGAUCCGCUCCCGGGCCCUGUGCCGGAAGUCAUAGCCAUCAGCCACUGUGGAGUUCAAGACAGUCCUGCGCAGUCCCCCGGUUCUCAGCAGACGGGCCCUAAGGUUCUGUCCAAUGUGGCUGCCAGUCAGCCUGCUAACAUAUCAGUGUUCAAAAGUGACCUGAAUGUGAUUACUUCUGUGCCCAGCGAAUUGUGUUUACAUGAGAUGUCCCCAGAUGCCUCACUUCCAGGGGAUCCAGAGGCCCAUCCUGCUGCCGUGCCAAGCAGUGGAGCCACUCGUCUGCACACAGGAGUGGAAACAGAUGAUAUGAUAUCCACAGUUGCUCCUGGUUCCAAUCCUCUGACAGGAGAGUUUGCAGCUGAGAGUAGGCCUUUGAGUAGAUGCAAAUCGAUGAGUGGACCCUUUCAGCGGGGCCGCUUCCAGGUGAUCACAGUCCCUCAGUCGGAGAAAGUGGCAGGUACCGGAGUCAGACACCGCCCAGCCUUCAGCGACAAGCCAAGCCAUUCCAGCGGGGAAGCCCCAGCCUUCACUGCGACAGCCAGGGCGCAGGUAGUAGGAGUAGAGCCCGCCACGCGCAGUCCCGAGACUGCAUUCUCUCCCCAGAGCCUAGAAGCUCUUCAUGGAACCUUCCAGAAGGGUAAACCAGUCCCCAAACCGGGAGACAGUUCAUCGGAGAAGGAGCUGGAAGGAAGCUCGGCCACGGGAAGUAGCCUGCAGUCUGGCUCCCAACUGCGGCCCAAAGGGAGAGAGAGGCUCGCUGCUGAGAAACAGCGGUGCUCUGCCGGAUUGGCAGCCGCCCUGCCUGGCAGAGGGCACUCCCCGGCGGGGAGUAAUCCGGGGAGCAGCGAUCAGAGCCUACGGCGGGAAGGAAAAGCCCAAGCCCGUGCUCAGACCGGGAGCUCGCUCUUCUACUCACCCUCUUCCCCGAUGAGCAGCGACAAUGAGUCCGAACUGGAGGACGAGGACUUGAAGGUGGAGCUUCAGAAAUUACGAGAAAAGCAUAUUCGGGAGGUGAUAACUCUCCAAACCCAGCAGAAUAAGGAGCUGCAGGAACUCUAUGAUCGCCUCCAGGCAAUCAGAGAUGGCAAACCCCAGCCAACUGAGGUUCCUCUGCCAUCCGCAUCCCCACUGCGCCGGCCAAGAUCGCUCAGAAGCAAACUUCGAAGCCGCCCCCAGUCCUUGACCCAGGUGGACAGUGAUUCAGCUGCCCCAGAGAGCCUGGAAGAAAGGGAAAAAGAAAACGAGGAACAUGAACAUGAGAGACGCAUAGAUUGGUUGUCUCCAGCCCCCUCCCGGCCCAGGGCUGGGAAUGCAGCCCGCAACCGAGACCCACUGGGUGUGGAGAGUAAUACAGCAUCGAGCCAGCAAUCUCCAGCGAGUAAAAAAGGGAUGUUCACAGAUGAUUUACACAAAUUGGUAGAUGACUGGACAAAGGAAACGGUUGGAAAUUCUCUUAUCAAGCCAAGUUUAAACCAACUUAAACAGAGUCAACACAAAUUAGAGACUGAAAACUGGAACAAAGUACAUGAAACUACUCCAACUACUCUGAGCUUCACGCCAACAUGGAUCUCUUCUCUGCCCCAAAUCCGGGCGGCCAUCCCGACCUCCUCACCCCAAGGCCUCCCACUCGCUACGUACCCCGGGCCAUUGCCAGCGUACGGAAUGCCCCAUGUGUGUCAGUACAGUGCCGUGGGGGCGCCCGGGUACCCGGUCCAGUGGGUAGGAAUCCCCGGACCAGGACCAGUUCCACAGCCCGUGGUCCUCCCUGCCCCACCAGGGCCGCCGUUCCCGCCAGCAAUCAACUUGCCCAUGUUUCCAUCGUCCUCGCUGCAGAACCCCUCCACGAACCCUCCUGGCCCCAAAUGAAUCAGCGUAAACGCCGAGCGAAGAAAGGGGAGCUUUUCUUCCGAAUUGUUCCCGGGCCCCCUACGCUAUAAAACCUUCUUCUCCUUGGGUUCUGCCAUCUCCUCAUUUGAGUUUACUCUCCACUGUAUUUUCCGGGGGGUUCCGAUGUAGUCUUUGACAUAGCUCGUCGUCCUGUAGGACUGUGCAGUCUGUACAUAGAACACUGCGCACAGACAUGUUUUUUCACUUCAAAUCCUAUCCUCUUUGAUACUUGAUUUUUUAAAAAUACUGUUCAGAAUGCUUUAAAGGAGCUCGCCUCGAGCGUCACCAUUUCCAGGACACUCACCAUGAAUUGCUGAGAAGCCUCUGUUUUUUUACUGCUGCCACCCGCAGCUGGAUGAUCCUUUUCUUUAAGAUGUAUAGAAACUAUUUAAAUCGCUAUCCCCCCCCCCCGCCCCCCCAACGUGGACAAAGUGAGAUCCUCCGACAGCCGCAGUCCUGUGGGAUCCUUCACACGUCUGUCUUAGGUUUACCGCUCCCAGGAGGCAGGGUAAUGCUGCAGGACAUGUUUUGGUGUAUAAACUUAGGAUCCCUCUGGUCGACUCAUGUAGAACACAAGCCCUUUUUAAUGUGAUUUUUCUUCCCGUCUUCACAGCUCGCAGGAGCGAAGCCUUGUUCUAGGUGAGGCGGAGAGAAAGGAU